AUGGCCACCAGCCCCCAGGGCGAGGUCCAUGUAAGGACGGCCUCGCCAACCGGUGAAUGGACCGAGUCGAGCGCGCGCAGAGGAAGCAUGUCGGGGGCAAUCCGUCGCAUACGACAAGCCUGCACACAUUGCCGUCCUUAUACAUCACAGGGUACUGCAUUCGCUUCAGCAAAGCUGCCCAGUUCGGAGUUGCAUCCUGAGUUACUCAAGAGAAUUAAUCAAAUUGAGAGCCAGCUAGCCUUGCUAAGUGACCAAGGAUCAGCCAACUCAAGGUCUGUUACAAACCACUCUCCUGCUUUCUGUUGCGAAUGGAAGAACCUUCUGACCCUAAAUCUUCGUCCCAGCAUGAAUUACGUGGCCCUUGACCGAAUGUCGCAGUCUCCCCCGACCCUCAAUUCUGAAAACCGAAGCAUAAAUGUGGUACCAGGUCCUCGGCGAGCGUCUUCAUCGUCCCCUCAGCGUCGUUUAUCGCAGGGCGCAACGUACAAACCCGAAUCAAAUUCAGACUCCCCCGAUGCAGUGCGCUUCUCAACGCUGCCACCACAUUCCGUGGUGCAGUCCCUAGUUGACACGUAUUUCCAACACGCCUACAAUCAACCCUAUUCGUAUUUUCAAGAGGAGAGCUUUCGAGAAAAGCUCGCCUACGGUCUACUGCCGAAAUGCCUCAUCUUUGCCGUCCUGGCCUCAGCACUCCGGUUCUCCGACAAUCCGUAUUUCAAAUGGGCCAAGCAACAAGCCACGGAAGCGUAUGCACGCGAAGCCUGGCUCUCUGUUCUCAAUGACCACAUGACAGCAGAGAACUGCCCCAAUGUGCACGUGGCCCAGACCACCAAUAUACUAGCCAUCAUCGAUUUCACAGCCGGGCGAACCAGUUCGGGAUGGCUCAAGAUUGGCCUCGCCGUACGGAUUGCCCAGGACCUGGAGUUGAUGGAAGAACCCUCCGGCACAUUUUCCAUUGUCGAGCAGGAGGAGCGUAGAAGAACCUUUUGGUCUAUAUAUCUUCUCGACAAGCUCGUGUCCUGUGGGAGGAGCCGGCCGCCGGCCAUCUCUGAUGAAGACUGCCGGCUGAGCUUACCUUGCGACGAGCAAGCAUUUCGCCAAGGGUCCUUGCAGAAGACGGCGACCUUAUAUCAAGUAUCAAACUGGACCGCCGACUCGGACCGGAUUGGCGGCAACUUUGCUCUGACCAUACUGGCCGCGUCAGCCUUGGGACGGUGCGCUCGAUAUGUCUUGCACCAGCGGGACGCUGAUGAGCUGGCCCCCUGGGAUCAGAGGUCCGAGUUCGCGUCCAUCAACACCUAUCUUCUCCUCGUCAGUCAUCAUUUACGCAUCGAGAGCACGUCCGUCGGCGAUAUUGCCCAGGCACACACGAAGCCAGAUGGCUCUCUCGACUACCAAGAUGCGGCGCAUGCAGUGUUUUCUUUUGCCGUCUUCCACUUGUGCUACUGCCUCCUAAAUCACCCCAUCCUGCUCCGUCUUCGAGUCCAGAAAAUGAGCUACAGGGUUCCCUCCAACUUUUUGCGGAAGUGCCUGCAUACGAGCUGUGAACACGCAAGCAACGCCAUCGAGCUUGUCCACAAAGCAUCAGCCGCUGGCUUUCCCAUCCGGCCUUCUUUCUACGCGUAUGCGACCACUGUGGCAGGAAGUAUCAUCAUGAUGGCUGUCCGAUCCGGGGAACAAUCUAGUAUUCAGAUGGCGUCCGAACUUCAGGAAAAGAAUCAACAGGCCCUGAUGAUACUCGAGGAGAUGGGACGUGUUUGGGAACAUGCUUCUAAAAUGCACAUCCAACUCCUAUUAUUCGAUGCAAGUGACGUGGCAUCUGCCAUCAACUUGGAUGCAAAUGCAACGGCUGACCUCAACCCCGGGUUGGAAGAAGUGCUGUGGCCAAUUGUCGACUAUGGUCUCAUGUGUGGUAGCUUAGCAGGACCAAAAUCAAGUGCAAAGCCAUUGCAGCAGUCUCUAUUCGAUGACGAUGCCAACUGUUUUCCAACCAUAGACUUAAACGAGGAUAUCGAGCCGAUCGGAGGUUUCAUGGACCCUGGUACUGGAGCAGAUCACCUCAUUACCUCUGAAUUCUCUAUGUCUAACUUGGAAUACAUAAUAUGA